AUGUCAUUUUUAUUUAAAAGAAAUCCUAAAACUCUGUCAGAGUUGGUUCGAGCUUUAAACGAUCAGGUUCUGAAAUUAGACUAUUGUUCACCUCAGGAUAGUAAUUACAAAAAGUAUCAAGAUGAAUGUGCACGAUAUUUGAAAAAUAUGAAAGUAAUAUUACACGGAGAUGAUGAAGUGGAUCCACAGCCUGAUCAAAUCACUCAACUUGCACAAGAAGUUUACGCUUCCGAUUGUUUGUAUUACUUGAUUUCGAAUUUGAGAAAAUUAGAUUUUGAUUCUCGAAAAGAUGUGGUCAUUUUAUUCCUGACGUUGUUGCGACGAACAACUGCUAAUAAAUCACCCACUGUUGAUUAUCUAAUUAACACGAAACCAGAAAUAUUAGUAUUAUUGAUUAAAGGUCCUGAGAUUCCUGAGAUUGGGUUAAUAACUGGACAAAUAUUACGAGAUUGUAUUAAGUUUGAGAUAAUCAAUCGAUAUGUUAUUUAUCAUCCGUUGUUUUGGAAUUUUUUCAAAUAUGUACAAAUCCCGACUUUUGAAAUUGCUACUGACGCAAUGAUGACCUUGCAUGAGCUAUUAACGAUCCACAAGAAAUUGGUGUCUGAGUUCUUGGGUAAUAACUAUGAUUUGUUUAUUCUGUCAAUUAACAAAUUGAUCACCUCCAAAAACUACGUGACAAAGAGACAAAGUGUUAAGUUAUUAAAUGAAUUAGUGUCGCAAAGAUCAAAUCAACAGUUUUUGUCAAAAUUUUUUGAUGAUGCCAAUAAUUUGAAGUUGACUAUGUUGUUAUUGAGUGAUAAACUGAAAAAUCUACAACUUGAAGGCUUCAAUACCUUGAAAUUUUUUGUUGCUAAUCCUAAAAGAUCUCAAAAAGUAACUGAUAUUUUGAUUAAAAAUAAAGAGAAUUUCAUUGAGUUCUUUAAAACAUUUGAUAUUUCUAGUUUCCAUGAUAAUCAUCUCGUUGAUGAACGAGAUUAUACAUUAGAAGCAAUUAAAAACUUACCUGAUAGAGCAAGUCAUUAG